AUGGGCCUUGAGACAGAUCUGGAGACCAGCUCGGGUGGGAAGCCGGCCUGCCAUCAGGCCAUCCCCACCGCUCACCUCACUUUUGUCAUUGACUGUGCUCGUGGCAAACAGCUCUCCCUGGUGGCACCCCCAGUGCCGCCCCGAGCCCCCAGUCCCCAUCUAGGACCUGUCACUCCUCCAAUGAAGACCUGUAUCUUGUUCUGUGGAGAAAACCGGCCCCACCUGACUCGGGGCCCUCUGGGUGGGAGACACCUGGCCCAUGCCGGGGGGACCCUGCCACCCCGCAGUGGGACGGUGGCCCCAGCUUCCUCCCCAGUCGGUCCACGUGUCCCCCAGGAGGCUCCUGAAGCCAAGGGGAACCCCUUAAAGACUGUGCCCUCAAGGUCUUCAGCUUGGGGCACGGUCAUCGGCUCGCUCAAAGCCCUCUCCUCCUGUGUCUGUGGGCAGGCAGAGUAA